CGGCAGCUUCUCCACGCCCCUUUCCAACAUCAGGACCCCAAUUUCAUCCGUGGGGUUAUUCGGCACGGAGGAAACACAUACUGCUCUUCAACAGCUGAUGUGCAUCUGGAGCAGCAGAACAUUGGUGGUUUUGUGUUGAACCGCUUUUGAGAAGAUUCGGACAGCUGCGACGGUAAACGCGAAGAGUUGAAGCAGUGUCCUUCCACACAACAUGGCUUCCCGUAAAAAGGUCCUCCUCAAAGUGAUCAUCCUAGGGGAUUCUGGAGUUGGGAAGACCUCUUUGAUGAACCAGUAUGUGAAUAAUAAGUUCAGUAAUCAGUAUAAGGCCACCAUUGGUGCAGACUUUCUGACAAAGGAGGUGAUGGUGGACGACAGACUGGUGACCAUGCAGAUUUGGGACACAGCCGGUCAGGAGCGGUUUCAGUCUCUGGGCGUGGCCUUCUACAGAGGGGCGGACUGUUGUGUGCUGGUGUACGAUGUCACGGCGCCCACCACGUUUAAGACUCUGGACAGCUGGAGGGACGAGUUUCUCAUUCAGGCCAGUACAAGCGACCCGGAGAACUUCCCCUUUGUUGUGCUGGGCAACAAAAUCGACCUGGACAACCGACAGGUAUCGACAAAGCGAGCACAAGCGUGGUGUCAGAGUAAGAACAACAUCCCCUAUUUUGAGACCAGCGCCAAAGAAGCCAUUAAUGUGGAACAGGCCUUCCAGACCAUCGCUCGCAAUGCGCUUAAACAGGAGUCGGUGGACAAAUAUGAUUUCCCGGACGAGAUCAAACUAGGAAACGACAGACCCAUGUCUAACGGUGAAGGCUGCAGCUGCUGAAGGAAAACAAUGAAGCUGUGGAGGGACGAGAAACAGCCAACAUGAGAAAGGGAAAGAUCCAGGCCAGUCUUUCCUAAAGCCCCCUUUAACUCCUUUGAAAACUGCAGGGUAUCAAAUGCCACGUGUGACUAUUGAACAUCUAUUUUCUUGCUGAACUCCAAGUUACGUGGAAGAAGUAUGGAGGAGCAGGAAGAGCUGUAUAUCCUCUGACAAGUUCUACUAUCACUACAGCUGCCCAAGUAUUUGUGUCACUACUCCUGCUGUCAGAUUGCGUUUAUUUUCUCUGAAAAUCCAGCCUGAUCUCAUAAAGAAACGUAACUAUUUUAUGUACUGUCAGACAAGUGGCUAAUUCUACUAAGAUUACUUUAAGGCAAGCAAUUUUACUCAGCGGCCAUCUUUGAAAUGCCUCUUAAGCAGUUCUGUUUGAAUGUGGAAACAUUAAAUUCUCCAAAACUGUUUGCCAA